GGAGCGGAAAAGAGGGCUCCGUCUCCUGGCCCUCGCCGGGCGGCAGGAGUCGGGGAACGCUUCCGCUCGGUUCUCGUUUCCCGGCGGAGCGGCGGACGACGGGGCAGGGGCUAUGGAGCGGUGCGAGCAGGCCGUGGUGCGGGUGCCGAGCCUGGACGGCGUGACGCGGGAGCGCUUCCUGCGGGACGUCUAUCCUCGGAGAGAGCCAGUUGUGCUGAAGGGAAUGGAGCUGGGCCCUUGCACAACCAAAUGGACAGUAGAUUACCUGAGCCAAGCUGCAGGAUCUAAGGAAGUAAAGAUCCAUGUUUCUGCAGUACCACAGAUGGAUUUCCUCAGUAAGAACUUUGUGUAUAGAACUCUGCCUUUUGAUGUAUUUGUACGAAGGGCAGCUGAAGUCAAACACAAAGACUACUUUCUUUCUGAGGAUGAGAAGUACUAUUUGCGAUCAGUGGGUGAAGAUGUUAGGAAGGAUAUUGCAGAUGUCAGAAAACAGUUUCCUGUUUUGGCAGAAGAUGUUCAGAUUCCAGAGUAUUUUGAGAAGGAACAGUUUUUCUCUAGUGUCUUCCGCAUCAGCUCAGCAGGAUUGCAGCUAUGGACACAUUAUGAUGUAAUGGAUAACUUCUUAAUCCAAGUAACAGGUAGAAAACGAGUUGUUCUGUAUAGUCCUCGAGAUGUACCAUAUUUAUAUUUAUCAGGUACCAAAUCAGAGGUGCUAGAUGUUGAUAACCCAGACUUUGAGAAAUACCCACUUUUUGUGAAAGCCAAGCGCUAUCAAUGUUAUCUGGAAGCAGGAGAUGUGUUAUUUAUUCCAGCUAUGUGGUUCCACAAUGUAAUUUCUGAGGAAUUUGGAGUGGCACUGAAUGUCUUCUGGAAACACCUUCCUGCUGAAUGCUACGACAAGAGUGACACUUAUGGAAAUAAAGAUCCCACAGCAGCCUCUAGGGCAAUACAGAUCUUGGACAGGGCCUUGAAAACACUUGAAGAACUACCUGAAGAAUACAGGGAUUUCUAUGCUCGAAGAAUGGUGUUACGGAUCCAAGAAAAAGCCUAUAGGAAUGAUUAUGGAUAAAAUAACACUUUGUAAGUCACAGUCUCCUGUGGAAGUAGAGUACUAUAUGUUAAUAUAGGAACUGUCCAUGUCUACACAAAUUCUCUUUCUGUAAGGAUAAAAAGCAUUGUUGAUAAACUUUGUUAUACAUAACUGUUGACCUUGUAGGAUGUUUUGUUUUUCCUCAUGUGAUGUGCCCAAUCCCACUUCUACAAUGAAGCACGUAUCUGCAGUGCCUGCACUUCUAAAUCUAAUUUUGAAAUUAUUUAUGUACAUUUUCCUGAAAGGAAGUUUUGGUAUCUGGACAGAUCUAGCAGAAUGUACUCUUAGAAAUAACUGCACGUCUUCCUGAAUGCCUCCUUUAUACUAAAGUUAAGGAAAGCUGUAGAAAUUUAUAUGGGAUUCAGUAGAGCCAUUGGUUGUAACGAUUAUGGUCUCUUUCUCUGUCAUACAGCCUGCGUGGAGAGCUUCUGCUCCCUCUUGUGGUGAAACUCCAUAUAAUUUUGAGCACAAUUUAAGGCUGAGAUGGGAACAGUGCAGCAGCUUGACCACGAGGUAGAUGAUGUCUCCCUUUCCAAGCUGAAUGAGGCAUUAUGCAGGAAACUCUGUUGCAACCACAGUCACUGCCUCAGUGCACUUAGGCAGCACUUCUGCUUCUGCAGCUAAAACACUUGCAACUAGCUUUCCCACAAAUCCAUCAAUCUACAGCAGGAAAAUCUGAAAUGAUUGUAAUGCUGGAGGAGAUAUAGGAGCUGCUGGGAGCAGUAUAUGAGAAGCAUUAUGUUACCAUAUGAAAGGAGGCUGCAAUGUUACAUUUGCAGGUGAUAUUUUUGGCAGCCAAACGUAUCUGUGCUUACAGAAGCCAUGUAGAAGAAGGUGGACAUGUCACAGAAAGGGUUUCUAUUGCCCCUUCAAAAUGUCUGUUAUUUGUGCAGUUUUGGGGAUGCAGUAUUUAUCUGACAUCCAGGUCAGUCUGUGACUUUCAGCAGUGUGGCUAUUUUCAAGAGAAUGGUAUCUUUUCAAAAUCUCUUAGACAAGAUACGUAGGGCUAAUAAAGCACUGCAAAAAAAAAACAAAAAACAAAAAACAAACAACAAACAACAAAAAAAUAAAAACACCAAAACUCUCCAGAGAAGCAGGGGCUUGCUACACUGUGCCCAUUAUUUCUCUAAACCUAUUCUCCUUGGCAGUUCAACUCAGCGAAAAUAGCUUGCUGCCGUGUGAAUGGGCACCCAGCCAGCGGAAUGAAUAGACUUGAAUUGACUCAGCCAAGCGAUUCUGAUGGGCAUCAUUGUGCACGCUGUGGGUAGAAUUUAAAUCUAGGAUCACAAACAGGUCUCCCGAAUUUUUUUUUUUUUUUGAAGGAUUGCCUGUACAAUACUGCUUAGAUGGAACCUGUGUCUGUUAGGCUGGGAAAGCUUCUUGGCUUUGGCAAAGUUGUAAUGUCAAGGGCAACACAUGGAUUGUUUUUGUAUGUUAGGAGUAAAUGCAAAGGCUCAAAGAGCCUGCAGGAUACAGAAAGCUGUUCCAGCAUUGUGCCUUUGCAGCUCUGUUAACUCUAACCAUCAGCAGCUUCUCAUUAUGUUAGUACAGAGGCAGUACUGUGCUGAGCCCUCAUUCUAUCAUUUCUUGAUUCUCUGUUGCCAAAAGAGGCGCAAAGUAGCUUGGUGUUCUCAGGCCCUCUCAACACUCGGGUAUAAAAAGGGAAACUGGGUUUUUCAGAUGUAGGUACUAGUGUGGAGGUAGCCCAGCAGAAAAGCUGCAAUUCACUUGUUGGGCUAGUGUGAAGUUUGGAUUGGAAAAUACAUAUCUGGCUGGGCAGAGAUAAUCAUGAAUUAAAUGUCAGCCAAGGGCCAUAGGAAGUGCAGCUACUUGUGCUUCGUAUUACCAACUUUAAUUUUAUUUUUAUAUGUCAGCAAAUGAGGUCAUCUCACUGUGACCAUCAGCCGGUGGUAACCCAGCCCUGCUCAUGCUUCUCUUCCAGUGUGCUAUGAGAAAUGUGGGUGAGGAUAGGUUUUUUUUUCCCCCUCCCCAGGACUCUUCUUGUUUUCACAUCUCUGAGAAGAUAGUCAGUAAAUCCAUAGUGAUCUAAGCACGUAUUUGAGAAAGACAAAUAGUAUUCCAUGCAGACCAGUGAGAAGAUCAGCACAGCAGUUAUUUUAUCAGUAGCAUCCAUUUUUAUCCCUUUGAACCGAUUUCUUGAAUUUCUUAAACAAUUCAUAUGGAACACAUGGCUCUGAAAUGCUAUUAAAUUAGUAACCAAGCAGUUUAAAAGUGUAGUUUCUUAAUCUGAGCAUAAUGUCUCUAGUGACAAAAAUACUGAAGUUUGUGUUAAAAAAUAAAAUAUUACAAAACAAAACCAAAAGCCCUUGGUGCUUUCUAACCACUGUGGUAGAUGUUAUGAAGUAAGCAGUAGUGAUGAGUGAAUGGUGAAAGUAUCAAAGAAAUAAUCUCCAGCUAACACAGUGACAGAAUAGUUGUAGCCACACUGAAAAUAAGUGACUAAAAUAACAUGUUAGAGCCACUAAUGUUCUGUGGAAGUUCGUUCUUUAGGGAGCUACAGCAAAAUGGGAUCAUUCCACAAUAAAACACAUGAAGUUGUGGCAAUUAUAACUGCUGACAAUCUUAGACAUCCAAAACAGUCACUUUAGCAGUGCACAUAGCAGGUUACUUACACAUGCAGACUGCUCUGGACAAAAUACUUACAGUAUCUGCAGUCAGUAGUAACUGAAUUUUUAGAGUGAAUUUCAACUAAUGCUUUUAGAGUGUAAUCCAGUACAUGACAACAAAAUAGCAGGAAAAAAUACUUAUCCUUGAUUGCAUGAUAUCAAGGAUGACACACAACUUCAGAAGAAACACUUCUUAAGCAUUUUUCUUAAUGUUUCUGGUAGUAAGAAUCAAAUGCCAAAACUGAUGUCAGUAUAUUCUUUUAGCAUCAAGAUUCUGCCCACCCACGCAUGCUGAAGAUUUGAUGAACCUCACUCGACAACCUGGUUCUCUCCAGGAGUGAUGUAGAGUCUAUGUUAAAUGCCUGAUUUAAAAAGACUAGGCUUUCACAAAGCAUCAGAAAUACUUGCAAUUGCUUUCAAAUAUGCAGUAUGAAACCAUUUGCCUCAUUCACAUUGUUAGUCUCAUAAUGAGUUUAUUAGCUUGACAAAGGCAAGGAUGAUUUUACCAUACUAAAGGUUAUAUUAUGUAUAUAUUACAUAUAUAUUUAUGUCUUUACAGCUUUAAAAGAUUCUUUCCUCCUGUUGCCAAAGUGUCCCUUUACACAUCUGGGACACUUGGAUGUUUCUAUGCAGACAAUCCAGGUGUUGGGGAUGUACACUCAAAGACAGUAAUUUCUAAAAGAAAUUCUCUAUAAUAUCAUUCCAUUACCAAGGACUCUAGUGUUAUUCAAAUCAUUGUUACGUGUUUAUUUUUUUGGUGUUUUUAAAAAAAUAUAUUUUAUUUGGGCUUGACUCAGACUGUAGCACCAGGGACUGAUUCUGAUCUCUGCAGCUAUGAAAUUCUGCGAGCAAUUAUCUCUUUAUUUGGUGAUUGCUAUGAGAACCAGGAGCAAAUUGAAAAGAUUAAAAGAACUGCUCAACCAUGCAAAAUGAGCAGCUCCACAUGUGAUGCUAUGUUUGGCCAGAAAUGCUCAGAAGCUACUGCUUGUGGCAGAUCACAGCACUGUACAAUUUUUGCUGUGAAAGCACUUACAUUUCAGAUGUCAAGCAAUACAUGAAUUGCCUAAAACUUCCAUCACAAAACUCAAUGCAGUUCUAAAGAAGACAAAUGAGAAAGAAGAACUACACAGAUGUUCUGUAAGGGAUGCAAGUUUCACCUGAUGUCAGGCUAGAGUAUUCUUCAUAACUGAAGGCUGUUGUGGGACAUGUGAAGAGCCCCAUUUUGCACUUCACCGCUGGUACCUUUCGUGGCAGUCUUUCUGUCUUGCAGCAGCACUUUCACUAGAAACAACUCAGCUCUCAAGUGCCAAGUCUAACAGAGGAAACAACCCUGACUAAAAGUGCUCUUUGAGAACCUACUGAAAAGGGAAUUUUUAUAAAAAAUUAUAUGAAAAUUGGAGCAGUAGCGUUCCGCUGUUUUUUAAAUAUAUUAGAUGCUCAUAGAUGUUCAGAAAAAAAGUAUUUUUCCCUUUUUUCUAGCAGAUGUUUUUCUGAUCAUUUGCUUAAAAAGAAUCUGGCACUUCCUGAGUCACUUAAGAAACAAGUGUAAUGAAACCCCAAAGGCAGGAAACUACUUCAGAGCCAUCACUAUUUUAGAACCUGAAGUACUCUAAGCAAAAUGCCUGCCUUAAUCAGUUUUUCCAUGGUGAAUCUCAGUGAUGUGGAGCAGCCAGUACUGUAUAAAUCUUUGUGGGCUUUUUUCUUUUUUUUGUCAGUGGGAGGAGUUGAAAUAUGCUGUUAAUGCUGCUAAAAUGAGUUCAGUCAGGAGUGUCUAUCUGGCACUGGGAAAAGCAGCAUCUGUCUCCUCCACACAGGUGUUGUAUGAUCUUACAUUGAAAGAAAGAUUGCAAAGACUGCAGACUGCAGUGUGAGACAUGAGCCUUUGCUUUUUGUUUUGUACAGGGACACCCUGCACAAAAUUUACAUUUGUAGAUUCUGCUAGGCAGUACCUAAAAGUAGGGCACACAAGAGAGCACAGAGCUUAGCAGUUAUGUUGCUACAAGAAGGGCUGUGAAGCCCUUGGCUUCUAUGGCACAAGGAAUCCAAAGCAUUGCUCAACACAGGGUUUAUGCUAAAGCAACUACAGAAGCAUAGAGUCACCGAGGUUGGAAAAGACCUCUAAGAUGAUCCAGGCCAACCAUCCACCUGUCACCAACAUUUUCACUAAACCACGUCCCUCUGUACAACAUCUAUGCUGAUUGCUACUCACUGUAGCUUAUCUGCUACCGAUUACAUUGCCAUAUAUCCUGUAUUAAAACACAUGUGGCACUAUAGAUUAUUUCAGUGUUAUCAAGAAACAAUGCAACAAAUACCUCAAGCUACAGUUAUGAUUAAUAUAUUGUACAGUUAUGUCAGUCCUGUAUGGAAACUCAGUAAAAACAAUACAAAACCAGUUGAGUCAUCCAUAAUUUUUCACGGAACAUCUGUCGUCCAUCUUUCCAAUAUUUUUUUUAAUCAGUGUUAUUGCAGAAUCACUUUUACAAAACAGCUUAAGUUACCCGGACAGAGAAUAUUAUACACGUCUGAAGUAUUCUUAUAAUUGAAUUAUUUGGAAGAGACCAGGUGGGGAGGAUUAUCCUCAAAAGUACAAAAUUCAAAACCAACAAGACCACCCAACAGGGGUGAGAUGGACAUCAGCAAAGGCAAGAUGAAAAGUAAUCAGCUUCUGAUAAAGUUUAAAGAUAUCUUGGAGGGUUUGAUUUUACCCACAUCCUUCCUGCUGUGUUUCCAUGGGAUACCAGAUAAGUCAAUUCAGUCUGGUUUUUAGCAGACUUUCAGUUAGUUUGUUUAUUUGAUGGAUACCUGCUUUGAGACCCUAGAACCAGAUCUCAAGAAGCAGUGAAUAUACAGCAUUCCACUGUUGCACUGAGCAUAUGUGAAAAAUAAGGCCCUAGUAUAAUUUAAGAUAUGCACUUAAAGAAAACGGAUGGAUGUGGUAUAAACUCAGUACUUCAACUUACGGUCUCUAAGACAGGAUAAACACCACAGAUAGCAAACUGUCCACACAGAUAGCAAACUGUCACUAAGAGAAAGGACAACAUUGUUAGAAGCGCCAUAAGAGGGAGGGGGGGAAAAGUGACUUUCUUUCUUCAAAUAGCUCCAAAAGACUCUUCUGGGAAAGCUUAAGUGCCUGAUCAGAUGCAAUCAAUUUAUCCACGAAUAUCCACAGUAAUAACACCCUAAUUUCUGAAGUGACUUUGCAGUAACUUCUAUGACUAUUUAAAUACAUGUCACUCCUAUUAGUUAUCUCUGUAUCAGCAAUUAAUGUGAAUUUAGCAAGCUAGAACAGCUUACUAUAAAGUGCUAGUGCUAACUUACACUAGGAGGCAGAAAGAUGUUAACACCGGGAGAACAAAAGAUUUCAGUAACAUUUUAAGUCUUGGACCCUCAAUCACCUUUCAGACUUUGGGGUCCAAUUCAUUACAGAGGCAUCUAUAGAAAUGCGACUACAUCACCCCUUAGCCUUUGGUAGGAAAAAAGUUAGCUAAGUUUCUAGUAUGUAAGACGCACUCAAAGUAGAAUCAUUUAUGUUAUGUGUAAUCUGGACAAUUUCACAGAACUGAGCACUGUCUUAAAGGGAUCUUUAACAGCUGUGACUUAAAACGUAUUAGCAUUCCUCAAAAUCUGAAGAACAUCUUUCCUACUGUCCAAAAACAAGCAAGUAAUGUGAAGAAUACCAGCUAUUACAUACCUGGCUGACUAAGGACGGUGUAACGUUCCUUACCACACUCAGACAUAUAAGUGCAAGCAAGCAUGAAAACCACUGAACUUUAGGCAUUUACAUCCAAGCAUAUUAAAAAACUGCCUUUACAGUUAACCUUGAGAAACAAGCACACGCAAACUAUGACCCAUUUCAUCCUAACAUACAAAUGUUCAGCCCUUGGGUACUUCACAACAGCUUUCCUAUAUCUGCAAGUUUCCAGGAAGCUCUUUUAGAAUUAUGGAUGCCAACUAUGCUAAUGCAAAGCCUGCUC